UUGAAAACACAUCCUUCGGUAAAGUAGAGAGCCCUCUUUUGAAGCCGAUCUAAAGGAGGAGGGAGUCUCAAUUUCUCUUCCGCCUCCAAUAGUUCCCACUGGAACUAACGAAACCACUCUCCCAAGUCUCCUCUCAUCUGAACAUCGGCAGCUACUAAUCCUUGGAAACUGCGAAGGAAACAUCGCGAUAAACCCUAGCUUUCAUUACAAUGUUCUGUUCAAUCUCCGGCGUAGUGCCGGAAGAGCCGGCGGUUUCCAGGAAAUCCGGACUACUCUUUGAGAAGAGGUUGAUUGAGCGACAUAUAGCGGACUAUGGGAAAUGUCCUGUGACUGGAGAGCCCCUCACUAUGGAUGACAUUGUCUUAUUAAAAACCAGUGAGAUAGUGAAGCCCAGGUCUUCACAGGCAGCUAGUAUACCAGGACUGCUAGGAAUUUUCCAAAAUGAAUGGGAUGGCUUGAUGCUAUCCACUUUUGCAUUGGAGCAGCAGCUUCAUAUGGCAAGGCAAGAGCUGAGUCAUGCUCUGUAUCAGCAUGAUGCUGCUUGCCGUGUUAUAGCAAGAUUAAAGAAAGAAAGGGAUGAGGCAAGAUCGUUGUUGUCUCUGGCUGAAAGACAGAUUCCUAUUUCAGCCUCUGCUCCUGUGACAGCAAAUGCUUUGGCUCUUAGCAACGGGAAAAGAGCUGCUGAGGAUGAAGAGCUUGGCCCUGGGGGAAAGAGAAUUCGGCCAGGUAUUUCCUCUGGUAUCAUUGUAGAGCUGACAGACUGCAAUAGUGCACUCUCACAAGAGCGGAAAAAGCGGCAGAUUCCUCCAACAUUGGCACCCGUUGAUGCACUGGAGAGGUACACCCAGCUCUCCAGUCAUCCCCUCCACAAAACUAGCAAGCCGGGUAUAUUAUCUAUUGAUAUUCAUCCCUCUAAGGACGUGAUUGCAACUGGUGGUGUUGACACCAAUGCUGUUAUAUUUGACCAUGCAUCUGGUCAGAUCUUGUCUACACUCAGUGGCCAUUCUAAGAAGGUUACCUGUGUCAAGUUUGUACCUCGGGACGAACUUUUUAUUACUGGUUCAGCUGAUAAAACGGUUCGGCUAUGGCAAGGAUCUGAAAAUGGAAACUACAAUUGCCAGCACAUCUUGAAGGAUCAUAAUUCAGAGGUGCAAGCUGUCACGAUCCAUGCCACCCAUAAUUACUUUGUGACUGCUUCUCUCGACAAUACAUGGUGCUUUUAUGAUCUUUCUUCUGGAUUAUGCCUCACUCAGGUUGGAGAUGCUUCAGGGUCAGAGGGCUAUACGUCAGCUGCUUUUCAUCCUGAUGGUCUCAUCCUUGGGACUGGAACUGCAGAGGCACUUGUUCGAAUUUGGGAUGUAAAAAGUCAGUCAAAUGUUGCAAAGUUUGAUGGGCAUAUUGGGCCAGUAACUGCCAUGUCUUUCUCUGAAAAUGGCUACUUCUUAGCGACAUCAGCUCAUGACGGUGUCAAGCUUUGGGAUCUCCGCAAAUUGAAAAAUUUCCGGACCUUCACUCCUUAUGAUUCAAAUACACCAACAAAUGCUGUGGAAUUUGACCAUAGUGGAUCUUACCUUGGAAUUGCUGGUUCAGAUAUGAGAGUUUACCAAGUUGCAAGUGUCAAAGCAGAAUGGAAUUGCAUCAAAACAUUCCCAGAUUUGUCUGGCACAGGUAAAGCAACUUGUGUGAAGUUUAGUUCAGAUGCAAAAUAUAUGGCAGUAGGGUCAAUGGAUCGGAACCUCCGAAUCUUUGGCUUGCCUGGAGAUGGUGCAGAAGAGUCUUAGUGGUAACUCAUUUCUCCUGCCUGCUUAUCGCGUAGGCCUCCCAUUAUUCCUCAGCUGUUCAUUUUUUAAUUUUCAGGUGACGUAAGUAGAUGAAAACUCAGGCAGUUUUAAGUUACGUGGUUUGGGGGUUCAAUUCUGUGUUUCAAAAGUAUACAGGCAAUGGUGCGGUAAGAUUUUUGGCAGGCGUUCUACUUUGAGCUUUUUGUUUUGAGCAUGUAACAUGUAAUAGCAGCACAUAUGUGAUAGCGGGAUUACCUUUUAACAAAAAUUUCCCUUUCGAGAUUUCCCCGACUGUAAAA